CGGCAGAACGCAGACCGUCCAAAGCGGAGCUGCGCGCCGGAACCCAAGCGCCACAGAGAGCAAGACGGCCGAGCCGAACCCAACAGAGCCGAACCCAGCAGAGCCGAACCCAGCCGAGCCACGCAUCCGGACCACUGAGAAGGAGCGGGAGCAGGCGGAGGAAGAGGAGGAGGAGGAGGAGGAGGAGGACGGCGCGGUGGAGUCACCUGCAGGAAUCCAGUUGUGAAGUUCGCAAAGAUAUGAGGGAAAAAAUGCGCUGAACGGAGACCCGUCACGAACUCGGUUCCUAACCAAAUAUAUCCUGAGACAAAUCAGAAGGAAAGCAGGUGGGGAGACAAAAUUCACCCCCGACAAGUUUUUUUUAAUCUUUUUUUUUUUUUUAAGAGGAAAUCCUGCUGAAGAUGAAUACCAACGAUGCCAAGGAGUAUCUGGCACGGAGGGAGAUACCUCAGCUGUUUGAGAGUCUGCUGACGGGUUUGAUGUACUACCGGCCCGACGACCCGAUCGAGUACCUGGAAGGCUGUCUGAAGAAAGUCAGGGAGCUCGGCGGCACGGAUAAGGUGCGGUGGGAUACCUUUGUGGGCCAGGAGAGGAAGUCCCUUCCUCCGCUCAACGGAGGCCAGUCACGCAGGUCCCUCUUCAGAAACGUGAUGCCCGACAGCCCCAACUUCCCCUACAGACGCUACGACCGCCUGCCUCCCAUCAGCCAGUUCUCCAUCGAGAGCGACUCGGACCUGUCGGAGACGGCCGAGCUCAUAGAGGAGUACGAGGUGUUCGACCCUUCCAGGCCACGGCCCAAAGUCAUCCUCGUCAUCGGUGGCCCUGGCAGCGGCAAAGGAACACAGAGCCUGAAAAUCGCCGAGCGCUACGGCUUCCAGUACAUGUCUGUGGGCGAGCUGCUGAGGAAGAAGAUGAUCCACAACGCCACCAGCAACAGAAAGUGGAGCCUGAUCGCCAAAAUCAUCACCAACGGAGAGCUGGCGCCGCAGGAAACCACAAUAACUGAGAUCAAACAGAAGAUAAUGAAGAUCCCAGAUGCCAACGGUAUCGUCAUAGAUGGCUUCCCUCGAGAUGUUGGACAAGCUCUGUCCUUUGAAGACCAAAUCUGCACUCCAGACCUUGUGGUUUUCCUGGCCUGCACCAACAGCCGCUUGAAGGAGAGGCUGCAGAAAAGGGCGGAGCAACAGGGACGACCCGACGACAACCCAAAGGCCAUUGACCGUCGCCUGACCAACUUCAAACAGAACACCAUUCCUCUGGUCAAGUACUUCCAGGAACGGGGCCUGAUUGUCACGCUGGAUGCUGAUCGAGAUGAGGAGGAGGUUUUCUGUGACAUCAGCAUGACUUUGGAUAACAAGCUGUUUCCCUCCAAAGAGCCCGCUGCUGGUCCAAGUGAGCUGGAUCUCAGCCUGCUGGGGGAAUCAAGCAGCCUGGCGGAGGUGGCCUACAAGAACAAUGAGCCUGAUGAAGAGGAGGAGAUUGGAUAUGCUGAAGGAGCCACAGAAAGUUACUGCAAAGAACAGAAGAAACCAAAGGUCAUCUUCAUGAUGGGUGGGCCGGGCUCAGGUAAGGCUCUGCAGUGCGAGCGGAUGGAGGAGCGCUUCGGGCUGCGCCGCCUCACCCUCAGCGACCUGCUGUGCGGCGAGCUGCAGAGUCACAGCGAAAGAGGGCGCCACCUGCGGGACCUUCUGGAGAGAGGAGAGAAAUUGCCAGAGGAGACGCUGCUGGAGCUGCUGUGUGACGGCGUGGCGGCGGCGCUGCGACAGGGGAAGGGUCUGGUGGUCAGCGGCUUCCCCCGAGACCUGAGGCAGGCCGAGGAGUACGGGGCCAAGAUGGGGGAGCCGAGUGCCGUGGUCCUGCUGAGCUGUUCUCCAGAGACCAUGUCCAGGAGGCUGCAGAGCCGCCAGAGAUUCUCCUCCUCCUCCUCGGACAGGGAGAACGUCCUGCCGAAGAGGGCCGAGAGCUUCUGCAGCGACGUCCAGGCCGUCAUAGCUCACUAUGAACGCAAAACGCUGCUGCACACGAUUGACGCCGAGCGGUCGCCACAUGAGGUGUUCGCCCAGAUCUGCCAAGCCAUAGAGUCCUCUGCCACCUUCUGAUUACCACCCACACUGAUGUUCAGCAGCUGCACACCUUCAAGAGCCCCCCCCCCCCCCCCACUCCCCACAUAUCUCCUUUAUCACAGCAAUCUCACACCUGCACCAGCUUAUUGAACUUGCGUGGUAUGCAUGCCUCACCUGCAAUCAGCUGACCCCCCCCACCCGUCUCCUCCCUCUUCAAUUUGCUUCAUCCGCUCCCCAUUCCUCCCCUCCCAGCAUUCACACCAACCUCAGUAUAUGCUGCCGACUGCCAGACCGAGGCUCACACCUGUACAGAAGAAGAAGAAGAAAAAGAAAACAGCGAUUCCUGCUGCCACCGAGGGCAUCACGCCGAACGGUUCCACCGCAGAGGCCGAGCGAGAGCGUGGGAAAUGUCGGCGCGUGUGUUCGUUCUCGUGCUCAGCACUUUGCGUUGUAUCGUAACAAGCAUGCAGAUCUAACAGUUAAAGCUUAACAAACUGCCUUUUGUGCAUCGAAUAAAAAGCAGCGGCGUAUUAAAAAGAGUAUUAGGAUUCCUGCAUUUGUAUGUUUUACACGCUCCAUUGUACGGGUUGUUGUUUAGGUCUGGUAUCUGACAUUCCAAUAAAGCCAGUGCAUUUGUUUAACGGA